ACUCACACAUACUCACUCUGCUCCCGCGGUCCCCUUCCUCUUAUCCGCGGGCCCCUCUCCCCACACACCCCCAUGAGCUCUACCUCCCUUUCCCUUCCGACCAUGGAAGGGAGUUCCUUUGAGGAGAUCACCGCGGCGCCGUCCACCUCCCAGGUGAGCGUUCAGCCAGCGGGUCAGGGUCAGGCCCAUGCGGACACGAUGGACCUUCAUGCCACCCUCGUAGCGAUUCAGGCGCAACUUAGUACGCUUGGACCGUUGCAAGCGCAAAUCAAUGCGCUUGCCCUUGACGUCAAUCGCCUCAAGGGCUCUCCUCAUCACUCUCCCCACCGCUCCCAUACCCCAUCCCCUACCGGCUCCGAGUCCGGCUCCCCACGAAUCCAGAGUCGGAGACAUCGUGGUUCCCCCUCCUCUACGGGCCAGGCCCAACACUCCCCCGCAGCAGUGGCGAGUGCUGCUGCCGCUCAGACCACCCCGUCUGUUGCGGCAGUUCUCCCGGUCACGGCCGCCCCUACCGUCUCUACUACUGCCGUAGGUGCUGCGGUCCAGGACCGUUUCGGCGCUCGUCAAAACGCCACCGACGCCUUAGACCGCGUCACCCAGACCAGAUGGUCCGGGUCCUCUGUACCGGCCGACCUGGAACGUCACAUCCGGGUGUUUCAUGACGCUCGCCUUGUUUGUGACGAGACGUUCCUACCGGAGGUCACACUCACCGACCGGUUCCUUGUCAACCUGCCGACUGACUAUCGCCUAGAGCUAUGGAGGCGAUCAUUCUCUUCCGCGGAGCAGGCAUACGAGGCUGCGCGUCAGUACCAGAGGAUGUGCAGUCGCUUCUCCGUCGUCCCAUCCUCUUCGCGGCCAGCCGCCACCUCUCAGUCUCGGGGUACCACCCGAGGUCGCUUCUCGUUUGCUGGUCGUUUUCGUCGCCCACCCCGCCCUGGAGCGUCAUUCUCUCAGCGCUACAGUUCUCUGGAGUACGGCGAGGACGCCUCGGUCGAGUUUGACCCUACCCUUGGGGACGCCCCCGAGGACAUCGAGCUACGAGACGUCAUCCAGUAUCACUUGGAUGACGACACUGUUCCGGUGGCCGAGCGCUUGCUGAUGGCCAUGUCUGCCAUGGGUCGUGCUCAUAGUCGGGCUCGUCAGGAGCGCUUCACAAGACACAUCAACGUCCUGCGUCGUCUUCUCGCCUUGCUCUCUGACCCUGAUCGCACCCUACCCAUCAUCCCUAUUCGCCUAGGGACAUCUACGAGGGUGUACCGCGCUUUAUGGGACUCUGGCUCGCAGGAAGAUUUCGUUCACCCUCGAGUGGUUGAGGAAGCUCGCCUAGCUACCUCUGGGUCUCGCUCUCCUAUCUCCGUUACCCUCGGAGAUAACAAGCCACCGAAUAGUACCCAGGCGCCUCGACGCUACCAUCCCUACCCAUCUCAGACGGUCCCCGACCUCCACUUUUCCCUCACCCUCCAGCUACCGAAUAGUACCCAGGCGCCUCGACGCUACCAUUCCUCCACCUACUUCGACGUGAUGGAGACUGGGUACGACUUUAUCCUUGGCACUCCCUGGUCUCGCCGGUUCCGUAGCACAGAGGCCGAAUGGGCGUUUGAGACACUCAUUCUCAAAACGAAGUGUGGUCAAACCCAUCGAGUCCCCUUCAUUGGAACCACAGGCGACACCCCUCCAAACCUACCUCCCCAGGACCCUCGUCCUUCUGGGUCCCACCCAGACAUCUCCUUCACUUCUCCCCGUCAGUUUGCUCACUUCAUCCGACAGGAGGACGUCACGCUUCACUCAGUGAACGUCAUGGAUCUUCUUCGCUACGAUCCACUCUGUCCCGAGGUUGAGCUCAUCUCACUGGAGCCCGAUCCCCCUGACCCUUCCUCCAUCUUCGCGGCUCCCAUCUCUACAUCCACCCCGCAGCCUGCGGAUACCCCCUCGACAUCCCGGGUUCCUAUGCCGUCCACUGCCGAGUCCACCCAUACGUCUCGUGUCGGCGCAGACGUUGAGGAACUCAUGCGGUUCACGGCUGACUUAGAGCCCAUCAUUCGCGACCUGAUUCGGGAGUACCGCGACGUCUUCCCCCCGUAUUUCUCAUACAGCGGGAUUCCCCCGAUGCGCGGUGUCGAGCAUUCCAUCCAGCUCGUGCCUGACUAUCGUGUUCACCAUCAGGCACCAUACCGACUCUCGAUUCCAGAGGCGACGGAACUCAAGCGUCAGCUUGAGGAGMUCCUUCGACUUGGUUUCAUUAAACCUAGUAACUCCCCUUGGGGUGCACCUGUCCUCUUUGCUCGCAAAGCGGACGGAACUCUCCACCUCUGCAUCAAUUAUCGCGGCCUUAACCGUUACACGGUUAAGAACAGCUAUCCAAUGCCCCGUGCGGAUGAGCUGUUUGACCAUCUGGCAGGCAACCGCUUCUUCACGAAGAUCGAUCUUCGUAGCGGUUACCACCAGAUCCGCGUUGCCGCAGAGGACCAGCCGAAGACCGCCUUUCGGUCGCGCUUCGGCCACUACGAGUUCACGGUGAUGCCAUUCGGCCUCACCAAUGCACCCGCCACCUUCCACACGGCGAUGAACGACAUCUUCAGGGACAUCAUUGAAGAAUACGUUCUCGUAUACUUGGACGACAUCCUGGUCUACAGUCGUACCUUAGAAGACUAUAUCAGACACAUCCGCGAUGUCCUACAGUGCUUACGCAAGCAUCGCUUUUAUGCCAAGCUCAGUAAGUGCCGCUUUGCCCAGCGCAAAGUGGACUUCCUAGGACACCAUAUGUCUGACCAGGGUCUCCACAUGGACGACGCGAAGAUCACUGCUAUUGCAGAGAGGCCCGUCCCCACAUCUGCCAAGCGGCUUCGCAGCUUUCUAGGCCUCACCAGCUACUAUAGUAAUUUUAUCCAGGGAUACGCUAGGUAUUCCUACGUCCUUACCUCCACCCUCCUCYGGAAGAACCCGCCGUGGUUUUGGACACCCCUCUGCGAGGACGCCUUCCGCGCCCUCAAGAAGGCGGUGACUUGCGCGACGGUUCUUCGCCUUCCCGAUUUUGAUCGUCCCUUUAUCGUCACCACCGAUGUGUCAGAUUUUGCAGUAGGAGUUGUCCUUUCUAAGGUGUUUCCCUCUCCUCCAGAUUCACCUUACCCCCAUGUUCCUCAUUUUCYCCCCCCUCCUGCUGACACUGCUUCUCGACUGACGCCUAUCCUACCACCACUUCCCUCCACUGACAGUCCUCCCAUUACUUACUCCCCGACCAUCGCGGAGGAUGGGACKGUCGAGGCUCGUGCUGGGGAUUGCCCGAUCGCUUUCUACUCCCGUCAGCUACUACCUGUCGAGAUAAACUACACUGCCGAUGAACGUGAGGUUCUCGCAGUAGUUUAUGCUACCCGGCAUUGGCGUCAUUAUCUGCACGGGGCACCCUUCACGGUGCGCACGGACAACUCAGUUGUCCAGGCUUUCCUCACGAAGCCUAAGCUUUCCCCUCGACAGGCACGCUGGUGGCGUGCCUUAUCCGAGUUCAGUUUCGCCACUCAGCCCAUCAAGGGUGAAACGAACCGCGUCGCCGAUGCCUUAUCCCGCCGUCAUGAUCACAAUCAGGAACCCAUCCAUCCUGCUGCCAUCUCCAUCACCAGUGUUGAUCAGUCGGUGAUCGACGCGUAUCGCACUCAGUACCGCCACUGCCCCGAUUAUCGCGUCAUCCACGCGACACUGCGGAGUGGCAAGACCGUUCCUUCCUACUCCCUCGGGGAGAACGGCCUCGUGUACUGGCAUGGCAGAUCUGGUCAGCUAGAACCACGUAUCUGCGUUCCCUCCACCGGACAGCUCCGCGUCCAGGCUGUAGCAGAGUUCCAUGACCAGGCAGUUGCCGGUCAUAUGGGUUUCCACAAAACGUUGGCUCGUGUUUGCCUCCUAUACGUCUGGCCGAAGUCCAAGGACUUUGUCAAAGCCUACAUCCAGGAGUGUCUUACCUGCCAGGAGGUGAACAGUGCGAACCACCUUCCGUAUGGGUUACUUCAGCCCCUACCCAUACCUGAAGGUCAUUGGCAGUCUAUCUCGAUGGAUUUCAUUGGUCCCCUCCGCCCACCCACUCAGCGCGGUCAUGAUGCUAUCUUGGUCGUCGUCGAUCGCUUCACGAAGCGUGCACGUUUUGUUCCGUGCCGCUAUCGCAUUAGCGCUUGUGAGGUCGCCGACAUCGUCUUUGACCGAGUCGUGAGAGAUCACGGCUUACCUCAGAGCAUCAUCUCCGACCGUGACCCGCGCUUUACCAGCACAUUCUGGCAACGCCUACACGAGGUGUACGGAUCCCAGCUCCGCUUCUCAUCGUCUUACCACCCUCAGACGGAUGGUUAGACUGAGGUCACCAACAAAACUCUCGGUAAUAU